AUGUCGGAAAAACAGGACGUUUUCUCAAGUGAUGAAGAAGAUUAUGAACCAGAAUUCAAGAGUGAAGGUAAUCAAGAUGAAUCAAAAUUUGAAUAUGAAGAAGAACAAGAAGAUUAUGAAGAAGAAGAAGUACCUAAAUUUAGUGAAUCUGAUAAAUUAGAAUCUCAAAAAAAAUUAAAUGAAAAAAUUAAAAUUAAACAAAUUAUACCCAAUGAUAUUAAAUUAUUUUUAGAUUUAAAAGAUAAAACUGAUGAAGCAUUAAGUACUUUUAUUAAUUUAGAAAAUUCAACUUAUGCAAAUAAACAAUUAGGUUCCUCGGGACAGGGGGAAUUUAUGUCAUGUGAAUGUCAUCCAGAUUGGGAUGAAUCAAAUGAAUUAAAUUAUGCAUGUAUUGAUGAUGAUUGUAUUAAUAGAGGUACUAAAAUUGAAUGUAUAAAUGGUGUAUCAUCAUGUGGUGAAGAUUGUUCAAAUCAAAGAUUCCAGAAAAAGCAAUAUGUUGAUAUAAAUGUAAUACAAACUGAAAAAAAAGGUUAUGGAGUACGUUCACAAAUUGAUAUUGAACCUGAUACUUUUAUUUAUGAAUAUAUUGGUGAAGUUAUUGAUGAAAAAUCAUUCAAGAAAAGAAUGUUGGAAUAUGAUGAAUUAAAUUUUAAACAUUUUUAUUUUAUGAUGUUACAAAAAGGUGAAUUUUUGGAUGCAACAAGGAAAGGUUCCCUUGCUAGAUUUUGUAAUCAUAGUUGUAAUCCAAAUUGUUAUGUUGAAAAAUGGGUCGUUGGGGAGAAAUUGAAAAUGGGUAUUUUUGCUAAAAGAAAAAUUUUAAAAGGUGAAGAAAUUACAUUUGAUUAUAAUGUUGAUAGAUAUGGUGCAAAUGCUCAACCUUGUUAUUGUGGUGAACCAAAUUGUAUUGGAUUUAUUGGUGGUAAAACUCAAACUGAAGCUGCUUCUUUAUUACCACAAUUUAUAUCAGAAGCUCUUGGUUCAACAAUUGAAGAUGAACAAAAUUUCCUCAAAGAAAAACAAGAAGCUAAUGAAAAAAUUAUUAAAAAUGAUAAUAAUAUGAAUAUUGAAUUUAUUAAUUCAUUAAUUAUGAAACCAAUUGAUAUAUUUGAAGUUAAUAAAGUUAUGGGUGUAUUGUUACAAUGUGAAGAAGUAUUAAUUGCUGAAAAAUUAAUCGAAAGAAUUGAAUUAUCAACUUUAAAUGCCCUUCAAUAUAAAUUAAGUUAUGCACAUGGUUAUACCUCAUUAGGUAGAAUCUUGAAAAACUUUUAUGGACAAGAUGGUAAUCAACAAUUUAAAAUUGAUAAUGAAUUAGUUCUAAGAAUUUUAAAAAUUUUAUCAAAUUGGCCAAAAGUUUCCAAAAAUUAUAUUAAUAAAGUUGAAAUAAUUCCAAUUGUUAAAGAAUUAAUUUCAAAUACUAAGGAUAAAGAAAUCAUAUCAUUAUCAAAUGAUUUAUUAAAUAGAUGGGAUUCAUUUGAAGAAUUUCAAAGAAUUAGAAAAAAAUCAACAAAUGAAAAAAUUGCAAAUAAAUUUGUUUUUGAUUCAAGAAGACAACAUUUAAAAGAAUUAUCACCACAAAGAUCAACAAGUAACACUACUACUACAAGUCAACAAUUCAAACCACAUGAUUAUAAUACUCAAAAUACUUCUUUUAAUAAUAGACCACAAUUCCCACAAGCAUAUAAUGAAUUACCACAAGGUUGGAAAUCAACAAAAGAUCCAAAUAGUGGUAAAAUUUAUUAUUAUGAAGAAGAAACUGGGAAAGUUCAAUGGGAAAGACCUGGUAGAGAAAAAUUUGAACAAGAACGUAAAGAAAGAGAUGAAUAUAUUAGAAAGAAGGAAAAACAAGAACGUGAUUAUCAAAAACGUAAUUUAGAAAAAUUAAAAGAACAAGAAAAAAUUGCACAAUCAAAUUCUUUAGCCAAAAUCAUUGCAAAUGCAAAAAAAAUUGAAGAAGAAAAAUUAGCUCGUGAAGCUGAAUUAAUUAAACAAGAAGAAUUGAAAAAAUUGAAAAAAGAAGAAUAUAAACGUAAAUUAGCUGCUAAAAAGCAUCAUCAUCAUAAUCAUGGAUCAACACAUUCAUCAAGUACAAGUACACCAAUAUCAUCAUCACAAGGUUCAGAUUCAUUUGAAAAAAAAUGGUCAAAAUUUUUUGCAAAUCAUAUACCAAAUAUGUUGAAAAAAUAUAGAGAUGAAAUUGGUCAUGAUAAUAUUAAAUUAUGUGCCAAAGAUAUAGUUAAAAUAUUAAUUGAAAAAGAAUUUAAAAAACAUGGUGAUAAACCAAUAUCACCACCAUUAGAUUUAUCAAUUGAAAAACGUAAAAAAAUUAAAAUAUUUAUUGAAUCUUAUAUGGAAAAAUUCUUAAUUAAAUAUAGAUCAAAACAUCAAAAAAGAAAAUUAGAAAAUGAUGAAACUAAUCAAAAUGGCGGGGCCAAAAAGAUUCAUCCUUAA